AUGGUUCUUACUGCUAAAAAUACACACUGGAAUAACGGGAGGAAGUUUGGGUCAAACUUGGUUCCCCGUGUGGAGUUGACCCUCUCGGAGCUCCAGGAAAUGGCCACAAGACAACAGCAACAAAUAGAGGCUCAGCAACAGAUGUUGGUCGCCAAGGAGCAGAGACUGAAGUAUCUUCACCAGGGAGGCAGAUCCAACCAUGGACAGACACAGUCUGAGGCGGAGAAGCUGCAGCGGCUGAAGGAGCGGGUGGAGACGCAGGAAGCCAAGCUGAAGAAGAUUCGCGCCAUGAGAGGACAGGUGGACUACAGCAAACUGAUCAACGGAAACCUCUCUGCAGAGAUUGAGCAUGUGAGCAGCCUGUUCCAGGAGAAGCAGACGGAGCUGCAGUCUGCCGUGGUCAGAGUGGACCAGUUGACGCAGCAGCUGGAUGAUUUAAAGAAAGGACGCCUUCAGCUACACUCUGCUCCACACGCCCAGGGGCCUCACAGCGGGCCCCUGGGGCCACACACCGGCCAGAAAGGAUCACCCCUGUCUGGUCCUGCAGCCCUGGAACUGAGGAAACUGUACCAGGAGCUACAGGCUCGUAACCGUCAUAACCUGGAGCAGAGCAGCAAGCUGGCCCAGAACAAGGAUCUGCUGAACAAGAGGAACGCCCAGGUGACGGUGAUGGACCAACGCAUCGGAGACCUGAGGGAACGACUGCAUAAGAAGAGAGCAGAG